ACCCCUCUUCACCUCCUCCUUUCCCUUGUUAUAUCACUCCACCCCCCAAACUGCCCCCCACUCUCUCUCUCUCUCUCUCUCGGAAGCUCCAUAACCACAGAGCCACCACCAACAAGAAUGGCGGACCGUCAGCCCGGCGCAGGCCCACGAGCCCAACGGCCCGCCUCCGGCCAAGUCCUCCUCCGCCGGCUCCAAGACCGCGCCCCCACCUCCACCCAGGUCGUCGGAUUCUUGACGCUCGUCAUCUCCGGAGGCAUCCUUCUCCUCCUAACCGGGCUGACGCUCACUGGCACGGUCGCGGCCCUCGUCUUCUUCGGCCCAAUUAUCCUGCUCACCAGCCCGAUAUGGUUCCCGGUCGCCGCCGUCAUCUUCAUCUCGAUCGCCGGGUUCCUGUCGUUCUGCGGGUUCGGCGUGGCGGCCGUGGCUGGCGCGACGUGGCUGUACCGCUAUUUCAGCGGCCGCCACCCGGUGGGGAGCGACCGGGUCGACUCUGCGCGGAGCCGGAUCGCCGACACGGCGAGCCAUAUGAAGGACUAUGCCCGGGAGUAUGGUGGCUAUCUUCACAGCCGGAUGAAGGAUGCCGCGCCGGGAGCUUGAGCUCAGAUCUUUUAAUGGGGUUCAGCGGUUUUGUUGGAGUUCUUGCCGUUGAGUUACUACUGUUUUACUGCCGCUUGCGGACGUUCUGUUUGGUUUGCUUUCUUAUGCGUGCCAUGAGUUAGUGUUAAGAGGACUGAUUUUAGUCAUAUGGGCUUUGGUGAUGAAAGGUUUACUAGGGUUGGGGCUGGCGAAUGGUGAUGAUAUGGGCUUUGAUGGAGAUCAAACGCUGCAGUUUUGGUAUGAUUUUUAGACAAUUUUAUGUUUGCGUGAAUGGUUUUAGGUAUAUUGCACCCAAUCUAUCUAGCGUGUGUGUGUGUGUGUAUAUAUAUAUAUGAGAUGAAAUGGAUCUACAAUGAAGUAUGAUGCGGAGUCUCUGUAAUUGGUUAAUGAUCUAAGAUUUGGAUCCAGCAGGUUUGCA